AUGGACGAGACAAAGACGGAGAAGGCAGGCUUUGAGCCGCCAACAGUCUCACGCGAUGCCGAAGAUGUCUUCAGAACACCCGGAAGCGGUCACGACAAGGAGAAUGAUAUCAGCGACAUGAAGCGGCUAGGAAAGGCUCAGGAAUGGAAUCGCAACUUUUCAUACAUCUCAACACUUGGCUUCAUCUCGGUCUACAUGGCGACCUGGGAGAUCCUGAUACUUGUGUUGAGCUCUGGUCUGUACGCUGGAGGCUUCGCAGGUCUCUUGUGGAGCUUCUUCGGCACGUGUAUCCUAUAUGCACCUGUGGUAUUGUCGUUGGCGGAAAUGGAAAGUAUGGCACCUACUAGUGGUGGGCAAUACCAUUGGGUAAGCGAGUUCGCUCCUGCAAACUGCCAGAAGAUCUUAAGCUACGCUUCCGGCUGGAUGUCAACCUUGGCAUGGCUCGCCAGUCAAACAUCCGGACCAUUCUUGACCAUGACCAUAAUCCAGGUCAUAAUAAAUGUCGAACGGCCAGACUACACUUUUACGGACUGGCAGUAUACACUUGCUUGCAUAGCCUUUAUCGCUUCCACGAUAUUCUUCAACACAUGGGCAGCUCGCGCGCUACCACUGCUUGAGGCUGGAGCAUUCUGGGUCCAUAUUCUCGGCUUCGUUGUUGUCAUUAUCCCUCUGUGGGUGCUAGCACCAAAGAACUCCGCCAAAGAUGUGUUCACUCAGUUCGUUAAUGAGAGUGGCUACUCAAGCGUUGGCACAGCGGUCCUGCUCAAUCAAGUCAACUCGCUUUACUGUAUUCUUGGAUCCGACACAGCGGUUCACAUCUCGGAAGAGGUUGAAGAUGCUGGGCUGGUCGUGCCGCGCUGCAUGUGGUGGAGUUAUGUCGUCAACUUCAUCAUUGCUCUUGUCACCUGCAUUACCAUGCUGUUCUGCUUUGGUCCUCUAGACGACGCCAUCAAUGCCGACGUUCCAUACCUCCAGCUCUUCCUCAACAUGAACAACGCGGGUGUGGCCAUCUUCCUGCUGGUGAUCCUGUUGAUCCUGAUCUACAUCGGAAACAUCACACUGCUCGCCACUGUCAGUCGAGAGACAUGGGCGUUCGCUCGCGAUAAAGGAUUCCCGUUCAGCAAUUGGAUCAGCAAGAUGGAUCGCAAGCAUUCUAUCCCCUUCAACAGCGUUUACCUCACAUCAGCACUUUCGGCACUGCUUUGCCUCAUCAAUCUUGGAUCGUCGUUGGCUUUCACCAUCAUUGUUUCGCUGUCCUUGCUGGCCCUGUUGUCGACUUACACGAUUUCAAUCGGUUGCAUCCUGCUCAAGCGGAUACGCGGUCAACCUCUAGCCCCGGCGCGCUGGAGUCUUGGGAGAUGGGGCCUAUUCGUCAAUGCUUGGAGCUUCAUCUAUUGCUGCUGGGCAAUGGUGUGGUGUGCAAUGCCAACCGGUCUGCCUGUGACGCCAGCGGACGCAAACUGGGGCCCGGCGCUGUGGGCUGGCGUAUGCCUUCUUGCUACUGUCAUAUACGUUUUCCAUGGGAGGAAGCAUUACACGCCACCAGUCAUAUUCGUGGAGGGCAGGAGAUUAGAUGACACAAUGGUUCAGAGUACGGCCAAGUAG